UAAUUUUCCUCCUCUUAUCUCCCGCCCAUUACGUUUUCUUUGCAGUUUUCCUUCAGGAUUAUUCAACAUGGAUGUCUUACCUGCAUUACUUCGGGUUACCAGUUCCAUGGCUAAUCCUCUCUGUGAUAUGGAUCCCACAACAGCCCAUUCAACGCAGGGAUGCAAAAUUCUUCAUCUGGUGCGGCAUGCACAAGGUGUCCACAACACAGUAGUAGGGAAGGGUCCUGAAGCAUUGUUGUCUCAAGAGCUCUUUGAUGCACAACUCUCUGAUCUUGGAUUCAAGCAGGUGGAAAAAUUGCGGACGGAAGUUGAAGAGAGAGAGCUGACUAAGAAAAUUGAUUUAGUCAUCGCUUCCCCCAUGUUGAGAACUUUGCAAACAGCUGUUGGAGUUUUCGGUGGUGGUGGAAGCCAAGCAAAUGGGUUUGACGUGGAUGGGGAAACUGCGGUGAAUGGUGAUAAGUUUGCCAAGAUCGAUGGUCCUCCAAUUAUAGCUGUUGAGCAUUGUCGAGAACGUUGGGGGCUUGAACCUUGCAAUAGGAGAAGAAGCAUCCACGAAUAUCAAACUCUUUUCCCGGGAAUUGAUUUUCAGCUGAUAGAAAGUGAAGAUGACAUUUUGUGGAAAGCUGACGUUAGAGAGUCGUAUGAAGAAGUUGCAGCAAGGGGAAUCAAGUUUUUGAAAUGGUUGUGGACUAGGCAGGAGAAGGAAAUUGCUAUAGUUAGCCACGGCAUAUUCUUGCAGCAAACCCUGCAAAAACUUGCAAAAGAAACGAAUCAAUCAAUGGAAAAUCUAUGUUCACGGUUUGGCAACUGUGAGAUUCGGACGGUAGCCAUUAACAUUGCCGAUGGAAGCAUAUUUUGUCAUCCACAUGACGUUAGAAAAGAGGACACCCAAAGAAAGGAGGCGUCCAACUAAUCGCCCAGUAGCAGAGGUGCUUUUCAAGGAAUCUAUAUCUAUUGAUGCUGAAAAAUUAAUUCAGAUAACAAAUUUUGUGUCAACAAAGACCCAGUGACUCCGUUAUCAAUUGAACUCUUUAUCAACAAUAAUACAAGAUUCCUUCUAUUA